AGCCGGGAAACGCUGGCGGCCCCAAGAGCUUCUGGGUCGCUGGCAGCGGCCUCAUCCUCCCUCACGCCGAAGCCCCGAUCCCUGCGCCCCGACCCAACUGCGCUUUCUCCGGCCAAGACGCGUGGAAACUACAACUCCCAGAGCGCAUCUCGCCGAGAUCGGGCCCCACGAGUCAGGUGGCAGAGGUCAGGUGACAGCGGACCCGCCUCUCCCAAAGUCUAGCCGGGCCGGGGAACACGGUGCAUUCCAGACCGGCACUUGGCGAGGCUCCUGCGUCCCCUGAGUGCGGUUCCCCGAGCUGGGGGCCCAGAUUGCUUUGGAGACGGUGAGAGGACCUUUGCGAGAGCGCCAGUUGACGUGCAGAGUGCGGGGCUCCGGGGGACUGAGCAGCACGAGACCCCAUCCUCCCCUCCGGGUUUUCACUCAGGGCGAAGGGAGGACUCCUGAGCCCUGCCUCUUCCAGUAACAUUGAGGAGGAUAACCGUGCUUUGUGAGAGCUCGCUACACGCCCUAAGCAACAGAGUUCUGAGAAAUCGGGAAACAUGAUAAGGAAUUGGCUGGCUAUUUUUAUCCUUUUUACCCUGAAGCUCGUAGAGAAAUGUGAGUCAACCGUCAGCCUUACCGUUCCUCCCGUUGUAAAGCUGGAAAACGUCAGCUCGACCAACGUCAGCAUUGCCCUGUGGCCACCAUUAAAUGCAACCCUGGUGAUCACUUUUGAAAUCACAUUUCGUUCCAAAAAUAUUACUAUCCUUGAGCUCCCCGAAGAAGUGGUGGUGCCUCCCGGAGUGACAAAUUCCUCUUUUCAAGUGACAUCUCAAAAUGUUGGACAAGUUACUGUUUAUCUCCAUGGAAAUCACUCCAAUCAGACCGGCCCAAGGAUACGCUUUCUUGUGAUCCGCAGCAACGCCAUUAGCAUCGUAAACCAGGUGAUUGGCUGGAUCUACUUUGUGGCCUGGUCUGUCUCCUUCUACCCUCAGGUGAUCAUGAAUUGGAGACGGAAAAGCGUCAUUGGUCUGAGCUUCGACUUUGUGGCUCUGAACCUGACGGGCUUCGUGGCCUACAGUGUAUUCAACAUCGGCCUCCUAUGGGUGCCCUACAUCAAGGAGCAGUUUCUCCUCAAAUACCCCAAUGGCGUGAACCCCGUGAACAGCAACGACGUCUUCUUCAGCCUGCACGCGGUCGUCCUCACUCUGAUCGUCAUCGUGCAGUGCUGCCUGUAUGAGCGCGGUGGCCAGCGUGUGUCCUGGCCUGCCAUCGGCUUCCUGGUGCUUGCGUGGCUCUUCGCACUUGUCACCAUGAUCGUGGCUGCAGUGGGGGUGACCACAUGGCUGCAGUUUCUCUUCUGCUUCUCCUACAUCAAGCUCGCGGUCACGCUGGUCAAGUAUUUUCCACAGGCCUACAUGAACUUUUACUACAAAAGCACCGAGGGUUGGAGCAUUGGCAACGUGCUCCUGGACUUCACCGGGGGCAGCUUCAGCCUCCUGCAGAUGUUUCUUCAGUCCUACAACAACGACCAGUGGACGCUCAUCUUCGGAGACCCAACCAAGUUUGGACUCGGGGUCUUCUCCAUUUUCUUCGACAUCGUCUUCUUCAUCCAGCACUUCUGUUUGUACAGAAAGAGACCGGGGUAUGACCAGCUGAACUAGCACCCAGGGACCCAGUGUGCACAGCCCCCAGCCUCGUGCCCUGCUGGGGAAGGCCUCACCCAGCGAAGGCCGGAGAAGCGGUUGGGCCCUGGCACGCAGGGCUGGCUCAGUGUGCGGACAGAGGAGAGCACUCUGCUCCUGGAGCCAGAGGCCGUUCAACAGCCUGCCUUCAUCCGGGCCCCUCCUGGGCCUCCCCGGCCAGGCACGUGGCACCGCCGCCUUGACACCGCCAUCUCUUUUCUUUAAGGCUUCAAGCAGCGCACACAGGCUCUGGCAGCCGUCUCAGGCAGGACUGGGCACCGAACUUGCAGCUAAAGGCCUUGCCCCAAACUACCAGCGUUUCUGCGAGCAGCUUGAAGGGCUGACCUUGCAGCCGGGAGAGCCCUGGGCACUUUGCUGCCACUGCUGCGUUCCCAGAGACCAAGCAGCCAGGUGCCGUGGCCAGUGGACUCAGAGGUGCUGGUGGAGGGACUAGCACUUUGGGGUUAGGCCGCGGGAUUCUUUCUGUGAAGGCCACUUUCCUGACACGCUCUCUCUACAUAACUCGGCGUCCGCGACUGCUGCCAACAGCUGGCCCUGCCCAGAGUAUUUCUGAGCCCUGAGGGGCCCGCCAGAUUGGUUCUGAAUUGGACUCAUGCCCAGAUUAGCAUACUAACUCCUUUCAGAUUUUGUGGAGGGACGUUUGGAAGUGGCUUACUCUCUUCCGCCCUCUCUGCUACCUCCACCUUUCCAGUCAGAUGGGCCCCACCUGAGCACACCCAGCCCCUCCUUACCCAGCAUCUGGGGUACAGGACACAUCCCUCUUCCGCAACCAGUCUGUGCCUUAGACGUCUGUUAGGCCUGCCAAACGGCGACCAGCUGCCCUGGAGGGAGGGCAGGCCCCCUUCUCUCUCUUUCUCCAGAUCCCUACCUGAGACUCACCAGUUUCUGGCCUGUUCAGGAGCCUCAGAUAAGUAUUUGUACUUGAGACCACCUCACACAAUUCGUAUGGGCCCAGCCCUGAUCUCAACCUCCUUCCCUCCACCCGAAGCUGUCGUCCUUCCUGUGGCAGGAGCGGGGGUCCCAGGACGUGCCUCGUACAUGCCUUGAGCUUGUCAGUCCACUGAGUUUUCUUCCAUGAGAACAACGCGAGGGGCCUACAUCUUGAAUUAAAACCUACUCGCUUCCUUUCUGCA